AUGUCUUUCAAGACACCAUACGAGUCCAGCCCCCCGUCGACCCCAGGAAAAUCCCGCAGCUUGUUCAGCAAUCUAUCCACCACUCCCUCGGGCGUUCCGCCGUCGGCCUCCAACUCCUUCACCCCCGCCGGUCCUCCUCCGUCCACCGUAUACGGCAGCUCCCAAAUGAGUUCCCGAUCUCAUUUCAAUUCCUCUCAAUCUCUCUUCACGAAGUCGGGCAACGUCAACCCUAAUGACAGCAUCUUUGGGUCGUCAAUUGGCUCCGAUUUUGUGCCCAAGAGCAAGAAGACCGCGCCAGCGAAGUCAUUUGCGCCGUCGCAUUCGAUCUUCAGUAUAAACAGCGACAGUCCGUUUGGCGAGUCAACGAAUUCAGCGGCGUCCAGAGAUUUCGGCGCAUCGCACAUGGAAGAAGAUGGUUACCAUGAUGGAGAGGAGGAGGAGAUGGAAGAAGAGGCUGAAGAACAAGGGGAUGGUGAUAUGGAGGUGGAAGAUAAGCUCGGAAAUCCUGGUCGCUUUAGCUUCUUGGACUCGCAGUUCGGGAAUUCUCUGGCUCCCCAAUCUGCCUCCAAUGGCCAGCGCAAAUCGAUCUAUUCCAACCCGGGCAAUGCGAAACGGCCGAAACUCGAUGAAAAGUGGGCAAGCCAAUCACCGCUGCGCAAAGGGAAGCUGUCGCCUAAGAAGGAUUCGGCAGUCCCGUCCAUUGUGCGAAAUUUCGCUUCAAGGUCUCGUGUUGCGCCGGUGGACGAACCCAGUGACAUUAUCAUCAACACGGAAGAUGAAAUCUGUCGCAUGUACGACGAAGCUAGACAGGCUGAGUACCAGGAAACUGAUUUCCGCGCAACGUUGGCAGAAGCUUGCAGCAGGUUGACCGCCGUGUGGAAGAAAUCUGCAGAGCAAAGCGGUCGUUCCAGAAGUUCAGGGGUUAUUGGGCCUGGGGACAAUGCCCCAAAUGUAGCGAAGGCAAGCUUUCUGGGAUCCUUGUUGCUUCAGCUGCACCACCCGCCUCAGUCGACUUCCAAACCAGGGAGUCUGUCUAACCUCGGCUUUGCGGCGCCACGCAGUCUUGUGCUGGCUGGCUCCCGAGAAAGCACACCCACUCCCAUGCCAAAAGUCCUCCUGGACUGGCUUGAUGCAAACCAUUCCCAGUCCGUGGAUCUCCGUCAGUUGAAGGAAUCGGAGCCCAGCCCUACCGCAUCUCCGAAUUUCUGGGAGCUCAUCAACGCCGCCGUGCUGCGUGGACAUCUCUCAGAGGCCGCGGAAGUCUUGCGGUCUGCGGAUUUCAACUACGCUCGGUCUGCGUUAGAGGAUGGACUACCACAGUCUGGCUACCGUGGCGCACAGCUGCAGAAUAUUCAGCGCUGUGUCAACAAAGCCCUCCAGAUUCUCGAGUCCUGCCCGAGUCAACGUGGUGACUGGGAUGUAAGGAACUCUGAUUGGGCACAGUAUAGGAGGCGUGUAAUGACUGCUGUGACUGACCUCGAAGAAUUUGCGGAGGGAGAUGAGCAGCAAGACUCGGAACUUCCGGUCACAGGCAACCGGUUCCAGGCGAUCAACUUCGGACUGGGACCAAACCCCACCGCACAAGACCACUCCUUUGCGCAGUCUGCGCGCAUGGCUGAAAGCCGCGUUCCUUGGACGAUCUAUCAGAAUCUCAGGUCGGUUUACCGUAUUAUCCUCGGAGACACGAGUGCCAUCAUGAGCCACGCUCAAGACUGGGUUGAAGCCACGAUCGGUCUGACGGUCUGGUGGGAUGGAGAAGACGAGGAGGACGCUGGCAAUGACUUUGCUAUGAGCAAUUUCCUGCGUCCCCGCGGAUCCAAGCCGCAGACAUUGAAUCCCGACGUUGCUCCGGAAGAAGCCUACAUCCGCCGCCUUGAUCUAGCCUUCAACAACGCCACGAAUGGGGAGUCUGGCGACGCGGUGUUCCGGAUUAACUCCCUCAGUCAGCUCGAGGUCGGCUUGGCGUCUGUUUUUGAGGGCAAUGUGGAUGGUGUGUUGGAACUCCUGCAGACGUGGUCCCUGUGUAUCGCUUCUGCUGUGGCUGAGGUUGCGUCCGCGGGAGGCUGGCUGGAAACCGAGUCGGGGGAAAAGGCGAUGCCAGGUCUGAGUGAGAAUGACUUGAUGGUUCUUUCGUAUGGCCAAGAGGGCAAUGCGAACCGUCGUGUCCAGAAGGACGAUAUUCUCACCACCUACUCAUCCGCGCUGUUCGAGCGCCAGUCUAUCGAGAAUGAAACUGGUGUCCGCGAGGGCUGGGAGCUCGCGCUUGAAGUUCUUAGCCGUUUGAGCGAUCAUGAGAAGAUGCAAAAGAGUGUCUCCGAAUUGGUGGACAAGUUACCUCUUGAUACUGCGGAACAGAUGGACAAGGUUGUAUUACUUUGCUCGGAGCUAGGACUGGAGAAGGAGGGCCGGAGAGUCUCAGAGCGGUACGGAGAUAUUACUGCGUCGAAAGGCGAGGAGUACGGACUGGCUCUUAUGUGCUACUCACGGGCUCACUGCCGCCGCAAGGUCAAAUCGGUGGUCGAUCUUCUCAUUUCAUACAGUUUGGUCGAAUCCCGGGCUUACCCUCCGUCUGACGAAAUGGACGAACAGCUCUAUGCGCUAAUCAAGGAACCUAAGACGGCGCUGGAGGGAAUUGCUGCUGCGGACGAGGAAGCGGCAAGUAUCCUCCAAUUCUAUUUCAGCGGAUAUGCCACGCUCCGGCGAUUUUACGAGACCCGAGAUGAGACCGUCGGCCUUGGUCCUGGCGAGAAGCCUCGAUACAAGCCCCUGGCCCGCCGGCGAGUCGCCGCUCAGGCUCUGGUCGCCGUGAUCGGUAGCGCCGCGGAUAGCAUCUACGGUGGGCUCUACGACCCGGACCGCGACUCGGCUGUACAGGUGGAUGGUUUGAUGGUGCUUCUGGGCGAAGUCUUGCCGCUAAUCAACCAACCGACGCCUAUUCUUUCCGUCUCGCAGCAGAUUGCAGUGUUGUCUGCCAUUGAAGAUCUCGAAACGGUCACGCCGCGUGUCUACUCUCAAUGCGAGGAAUGUUUCCGCUCGACUCUACUCGAUCACCAGUCGUCGCAGCGUGCCUUGAGUGACGCUCAGACCCAUGAUUCCUUUGUUGUCCCACCGUCACCGCGGGCUCUUUUGAAGAAGUCGGUGUCGUCACUAACAGCCUCGAGCACGUUCUCGUUCAUUAGCAAUGACAUGAUCGAAUCGGCAUGCGGUCGUUCCGGACCAGGCUCGACCAGCAGCUCUGGCGUGCUGGUGCCUCGGAUGAACGAGGGCCGCCGGGGCCGGGCGCAAGAACGUGGCUGGGACUGGCGUGCCGGGUUGCCGGCGGAUGUCAAGGGCGACGAUGUCCUCCGGAUGUUGCGAUUGGGACUGGCGAAGGGAUUGAGCUUUGGGGCAUUGGGAUGCAUGUAG